AUGUUGCAUACGGGGAGUUACGGCCAGUUUACCUCCGCCCCAGGAGCGGCGUACCCAGGGCACCCCGCAGGCAAUAGCGCCGCCGCUUCUUUGUCAUCCACUCCAAAUGAGGGAAGAACAAAACUGUUGGCGCACAACCCGUUUUCCACAAUGAGGGUUUCUAGUGACGGCGACAAUGAACAUCGCACGGAGGUCCGGAGCAGUUCGGCGCCGCUCUACCAACGCCCACCCGUGGCGUUUGGGACUGCAAGCUCACUCCACAUGAAUGUCAUGCCGGCCCUCACUGCCGCUGCGACGAAAUCACAAGGGAGUAAGCCGCUCGAGCAACCACCACCACCAUCACGACAUCUGCAACAAGGGCAAGAGGAGUCGCAUCAGCAUCAUCUGCAGCCGGCUUUGUCUCCCGCGGCAAACCCUCCCGGGUUUUCGCAACGAGUGGUGGAAAACGCUACUGCGGCUUCCCUAUUUACAACUUCCCAGGUUGCAGCACCACAGGCUGUUGUUGCAGAGAACACGAGGUUCCAUCGAUCUCCAUCUGCCCAGAUUAUGCGCGGUCCGUCGCUGAAUAGUCUUCCUUCAGCGAGCUCAGGCAUCGAAUUGACUCCGGGUGAUUCCACAACAAAGAGAUCGUUGUAUUUGAGAAAUUUGCUUAAAAAGGACCCGCCGGAGUUUUUGAAACCAUCUCCGGGGGCACCGGCGCGGCGGCGGUCAGCUUCGGGACAAGGACGUGCAAGUAGCCCAUUUGGUCCGAUGCUAUCAAGGCUAUAUGCGAACAGCAACGCCCAAAUGGCACCAGACCCGCGCUCGUACAACGCAGGGACGAACGCCGAGGGAAAACAACAGCAGCAACUGCAAGACUCCCUUUCUACGCCUCGUCCACCGACGCCCAAUGAGGGAGAAGUGGGACCGUUAUCAUCCAUUGAGGCUUCGGUGCCUGCUGAACAGAAAAACGAUGAAAACAACGACAACGCCAACCGCCCCUCGGCAUCUGUCUUUUCUGGAGCCCAAGCCAGAGUCCCUGAGGCUUUUUCGACGACGGCGCCACGGGGAUCGCAGUUUUUUCCGAGAAGCGUUGGGGUCUCCGAUACACUGCUGUCCUCUGGCUCAUUUGGAGCAAGCGCCACGGAAAAACCUGUUCACGGCAGUUCGGUGGGUGAGCAGCAGCUUAUAUUCCAUGGAAUGAGGCCUCAAGAUGCAGGCUGUAGUGAACCGUCGUUUUCGUGCUCGGAAUUGAAGUCCCAAUUGGUUGACGAGAAAGGGUCAGCUUCAAAUUGUGCACCAAUUUCACGCAUAGAGAGCAACGGGGCGCUCGGUACUUGUGGUCUAAUGGACGGUACACAACCGCCGCUUGUGACACGGCAGGCGACUGCUCUACCAGGGGAGGUGCGAAACUCCAACCUUCUCUCAAACGGCACCCGCAUGAUGGCUGGAAAUCUGCCACCUCCACCGCUAGCUCCUCCACCAGUGCCGAUUUCAAAAAGUGGCGAAGUGCCCUCAUUUGCCCCACCAAAAGCGUUGGGGGUUUCGGCAUAUCAGGGGUUAAAUACGCCGCGGAAUGGCGGGAUUAGGCUACAGAAGCAACUGAAUACGUUUCAGGCCACACCAGGAAUUGAAACUGUGGAGUGCUCACCGGCGCCACACCCUCCUUCCCGGCAAGAGUCACAAGAGGGCUUGUAUGGGGCCGAUGGGAUCACUUCCGUCGCGAAUGAAGUGCCUUCUGCGGCAGCGCAUGAGCCCCACGAGAACGGGGAAUUUGAACAUCCGCCGCAAGGCCAUCAGAACACUUUUUUGUUUACGGAUUUGCCUGCGACUGCGGUGGGGCUCAAUGCUCCCGAAUUUCGGUCCUUCACGGAAAAAGGAGGGGUGGCGAGAUUUGAACCGCACAAGAACACAAGCGUGCAUUCAAACGGGCCUCAGGUUAGGAUGAGUGCGACCCUACCACCACCAUCAUCAUCGCCGUCAUUGGAAAAGCCGGGUACUUUCAACGAGAAGAGGGGCGUUUCUCUUGACGCCAAUAAACAUCUCCAGGCACGAAAACGGCAAAAACAACGGCAACAACGGUGGCUAAACAAAAAUUUAUGCUUUGCCCUAGUUACUCCGACUGGACGUGUUAUCACGGUCUCUAAUGUGUCACGCCCAGGUACUUUCGCAGUUAUGAACUCACGGCGCCUGGUUGAUGUGUUUUGUGGACGCGUGAAGGAUAUGAAAUGUUUCAAAAUUGGAGAGGAACACGGGAAGAUGUUACAGAUACUGGCCACAUCUUCUUCUCUUAUAUCAAACAGGAAUAAUGACGUGCCGCUAACCAGUCUUCAGGAAAUAGUGUCGAAAAUGACAGGUAUAUUUCCUUUGUUUCGCGAGGUUUUGCUUUUUAUGUUGCGUGAUCCGCCACCAGACUGGCGCACGGAGGGGCAAAAGUCUCUUAUUAAGAUGCUUGCCACGGCGGUGGCGCAGAUGCCGAUUGCAACCGGAUCACGUCCAAAUUAUCCGUUGAAUUCAGAGCUUCCGCAGAAUUCAGCCAAGGGACUGCAAAAGAUACAACAGUUAUUAUGCGCAGGCGAGCGUGAGGCCGCAGUGACGGUUGCACUAGAGCACCACCUUUACUCACAUGCCAUCAUCAUUGCAAUGAUGUGCCCCAAGAAGGAACAUUACAUGAAUGUCAUUCGUGCUGUGGUGGAGCAGGAGCUGGAUCCGUUUUCUCCCUUGGCACACGCCUACUGCAUGUUUAAUGAAUUGCCGCUGCCACCGUUUGCACCGCCACCGCCACCGUCGCAGCCGUCGUCGUCGUCAUCAUCACUGCCGGUGGGAGGCAAAACCGACGAACGGUCUUCAAUUCGGUCCUCAUGGCUUCAGCAUGCGGCCGUGUUGGUUUCCAACUUUACAAAAGAUAGCGCGGAUGGACUGAUUAAACUUGGGGACACCCUGACAAACGAUGGAAUGAUUGAGGAGGCGCACUGCUGCUUCUUGCUGUCCCAUUUGAGCCCCAUGGGAACACCGCCACCCGGCCGUCCGCUUCAAUCCAAACAACAACAAAUCAUGGAUCUUCUUCGGGCACGUUUGGGCGUCCUUGGCGGGCACUAUCAUCCCAACCGCCUCCGUAGUACUUUUGUGUCGCCAAAGUCAACGCUUUUGACUGAUGUGCUCCAGAUCUUUCGUUCUCAUUUGGAGAGCCGCGGCCUGGCAUCCUCAGGAGAGAAGGAAAAAAAAACACCUCCGCACGGAAUUCCAGUCUGUCCGGAGCGGUACAGAGCAGCCUUUCACUAUAUGCAGGUGCUCUGGCUGUAUGAAGUGGGCAUGUGUGAAGAGGCCUUGCAACUCAUGAAUGAUCUUCGUCGGGUUGUGGUGCCCGAGCCGACAAAUGCCUCCUCAUUUACGUUGAAUCAACUUAUUUUCAGUGGUGUUGUUUUAUCUGCUGCUUCUGGGAGGGAAAAGCCGGCUCCACCCACGGGGAGGGAAACACCAGUAAGGCCGAUUCCAGAGGAGAACAUACCGCCCCCUAUGCCGUCAUUCUCAUCUGCCGCGAAGACAUCGAUUGGUUCUUCAACCGGUUACCGAUCAACAUCUGCGCUGCCACCACCACCACCACCACCGCAGCAGCAAAAACAACAACAACGACAACAGCAGCAGCAGCUACUGUCCUCACAAACUUCCCACUUGCUAAAUUCAUCACAACGGUCAGGAUUGCAACAACAGCCACUGGCACCAUUACCGGCGUCAGUACAGGAGCAGCAGCAGCAGCAGCAACAACAAGUCAUGUCCAAUUCGCCUGCAUUAUGUACAAAACCGGAUGCACCAUCCCUCUCAGGAACGUCGAAAAUUGCUCCCCAGGUGUCGACAGCUGCGGGGCCCGUCUUAAAGGGACCUCCACCUCCCCAUUUUUCAGCACUGCCGGUACCAACACCUGCCGCGCCGCCUGCCAUGCAUUUGCCGGAAGCACCAGCCGAUGCAAAGAGCAAUUUUGCAACAGCUGAGAGGGAUGCUCAUGAGAAGUUGGACGAGCCCAGUAUUUUGAAUUCCGCCCCGUUGCAACAGCCACAACCACAACCACAGCAGCAGUCACGGGGACGAGCACCCGAAGUGAAGAGGGCACAAGAAAAACCCCCGAAACGUUCUAGCUCUUUGGAGGCAAUCACUAGUUUCCUUUUCCGCCGCGGUCGAAGUGAGGACAAAAAGAAAGACGAGGCAAAAAAGAUGAUUAUUGAUACUGAGAAACCCCCCAAGUUUGACCCGGCGACUGGGCGAUACCUCUUUGAGGAUAAAGAGGCGGAGGAGGAGGCAGAGAGGAUUAGGGCAGGGCCACCCAAACCGUCGUCAAUGGCAGCAAAGUCUAUUGCCGCCGGAGGGGCGCCGCCUUCAAUGUUGCGCCCACCGACCGGACCAACUGGGGCGCCGCGAGCGGGAACUGGAACGAUUCAGCGGGCGCGGUACGUAGAUAUGUUCAAUGCCACUUGA